AUGGAAAACGAAGAACACCUAUUUUUUUUUUUUUUUUUGCAUAGUAGGAGAAUUGUUCAUAGAGAAGGAAAAAGGCGGCUCGCACCAUUGCGGGGUAUCGUGCAAAAGGAAAUAACUGCAACGUGUUCUUUUAUUGCCAUGACUGGACUCACGGAGAAUGAAAUCCGCGAGUCACCGCUGUGGCAGCACAUGAAGAAGGUGCUUCUUCAGGUUGUUCAGCAGCAGCCGAGCAGUGCACUGGAUGCCAUUAUCCCCUCCUCCUUCGUUGUGCAGACAGGCAGCGCGGUGCCGCCACACGCCACAACCAUCUACGCAGACCACCGUCCGAGGGUCACCAACGCCGUUCCGUCGGACGCACUGGAGAACUUGCGUUGGGCGUCAAGCUUUGGCAACGUGCUUGCUCCACCGAAACCAAGGCGCAAGCCAACGGAGGAGGAUGAGGAGAUGCCACAGGAGGAAGCAGAGGAGAACGAGGAGGAGGUGCUGCUUGGUGAGGUCAGCAACGUGGUGGGGGAACAGGCCAUCUUUAACUCCGUGGGAGAAGGGCUGCAGCCGGAGGAGGCCUUCCGCCUUGUGGUUGGAAUGAAGCAACUUGUCAAGACGGAGCCGCUCGCGACUGCUCGCUUCUGGGGCAAAAUCCUUGGCAGUGGUGCCGACUACUACAUUGUGGAGACGAAGAUCGAUCCAGAGCGCCUGCCGGAGGAUGAGGAGGACGUUGGCAUGGCAGAUGACGAGGAGGAGGAGGGGACACCCAUCGACAACGUUGCGGAUGUUCUCUACUCGUAUGGCGCAAAAAAGCAGGCAGACACGGAGGUGGAGCCGGCCGGUAGCGGCCUGAACGAGUGGGUGUACUACGCCGCACAGACGGCGGACCCAACCAGCUGGACGCGGUUGCCCGAUGUGACGCCAAACCAAGUGAUUGUUGCACGUCACAUUCGUCGCGGUUUUACGGGGGAUCUUGAAAGCUCUGUCGACACCCACCCGCACUUCCCCGGCAAAGAAAUGAACUAUCUUCGGGCCCAAAUUGCGCGCAUAAGCUGUGCGUGUCGGGUGGCACCGCGUGACAUGUACACAAGCGAGGGGGCUGUUCCAGAGGAGGAGGAUGAAGAGGGAAACGUGUUGCCGCCUCCCGAAUCCGUGAAGGCCUACACGACACUGCCGCCACUCACCCCACAGGAGGUGCCGGACGAGGAGGACACCGAGGCAAUCGAGCCGAUCAAGUCAUGGUUCUACGGCUAUCGCGACGAUGAGUUGCUGCAGGGCAAGUAUUGGGUGCACAUUGCUCCGACCCUGCUGCAAACCGGCCGAACUGUUGCGAGGGAGCAAGAAGAGGAGGAUACGGGGUUUGACCACUCCGAGAAGAUACAUCCAUUUUUGUGUGAAGUCAGCCGUGACGAUCCCCUGACAUAUGCAUCUCACAGCCGUAGUCAACUACCCGCCUGGAGCUUCCGCAAGGCAUUUCACAAUGAGAGUAGCAAAACACGCACCUACGUUGCCAGGUCGGCAACCUGGCCCGGUGCUUUCACGUAUGCCGUGGUGGAAUUGGGCCAGCCAGGCAGUCAGUAUCAGAGCGUCUAUAUCGGCACGGGUCUCAAGAGCCUGCAGGGCAUGAACUACGCGCCAAAGCUACCCCCACGAUGCCUUGUUGAGUAUCCCGAGACUGAAUUGGUGCUACAGCGCGAUGCAACGGCGGACGAUGAAUUGGAGUACGCACCACCACCUCCCAAGGUGGACGCUGCCGACGAAGAAGAUGAGGAGGCUUAG